ACACCACAGCGGAACUGCUCCAGUUUCCCGUGUGUUUUGGUUCCGUCUACUGUGUGUUCUCUGCGUUGUUGUGAUGAUAGCUUUUGGUUUUAGAACCGCAGCUGUUCUGAUCUGGUCCGGAUUCAAGUAAAGCACCGAAUGUGUUUUUGACUGUUCACAUAUUCUAACUGUGCUCUUAAACGGUCAGCUUGUUCCACAUAGGAACUUCAUUUACAUGUGAACAUAGGAACUUCAUUUACAUGUGAACAUUUUAGGUGGUGCAGCUUUUGAUUUAGUUCUGAUCAAAGGCGGUUCAAGAGCGCCACAGUGUUGCAGUUUGUUUGUUAGCAGCAGUCUGACAGAUUUCUGUGACGCAACCAUCGCAGAUGGAGCUAGAAGCCCUUCGCUCCAUUUAUGAAGGGGAUGAAUGUUUUAAGGAAAUCAGUCCAGUUUCCUUCCAGUUUCGGGUCGGUGACCUUGAAGACAUUAAAGCCUUCAUCCUGGACAUUGCGUGGCCAGAGACCUACCCAGAGACGGCCCCACAGAUCUCUCUAGAUGCUUUUUUUAACAACAGGAUGUAAAGAACGCUCCCUGUUGUCGUAAAGUGAUUCCACUCGUCGUACGUAAUACUCAAACUGAAGAAAAGGAUCCACUAUGAAAUGUUUGCUGUUUAUUUAGUCUUGAGACGCUCUAAGGUAACGUGUUUUCUGAGCUUCAUCGUUAUUGUUCUGCGUGAGUUGACUUCUCCGCUGUGCUGGUUUGAGAACAGCUCUGCAGAGACGAAGGAGCUGAUCCUGUCGAAGCUGGAGCAGCAGGUGGAAGCUAACCUGGGCACUGCUAUGAUGUAUACUCUGUUUGAGUGGGCAAAGGAGCACCAGGAGGUGCUGAUGGAGAACCACAGGCCCGUAGUGACCUCUGUGAUGGUGACGGCUAGCAGUGAGCUAACCGCUCCCUCGUCCACAGCCAAGAGGAAGGAGAAGAAGGAGCAGCUGACCAAAGCUCAGAAGAGAAGGAUGGUCAACAGAACAGACCAUAAAGGAGAACUGCCCAGAGGCUGGAACUGGGUGGAUGUGAUCAAGCAUGUAAGUCUAAAGCAGUUAGAUCAUCGUUUGUUUCCUGUCGCUCCUGCGGUCUGAGCACACUUCCUGCGCUUGGUGUUUUCUGUGUGUCUACUCUAGCUAAGUCAGACAGGAGGAAAGGAUGAAGACUAGACCAGAGCAUGGUGAAGCCCCCCCCCCCCCCCCCCCCCCCCACAGAUGCCUUCGCAUGCAUCCAGAGCCACGUGUUUACACCAGAGCAGGCUGGGUAGCUGUGGCUACGUACCCGCAGCUAGUGGGUAACACCAUUACGGUCAUGUGUUAGUGGCGUUGGAGCUCAGAUCCACCUCUGUGUCCCGCACCUGGGUGGAGUUGAUCCCGGACGUCCCUGCCGUCACUGCCAUGUUGUCACUGAGGAGCUGUUGCUGUUGGCUCACGACUCUGUUAUUUUAAAGUACAUGUGACUUUAUCAAAGCAAACACUUGUUACCACAGAAAAAUAGAUUGUUUUAUGUUAACUCUUCUCUUUAAACUAUACAUUUGAAAAUGUUUAUAUAAUAAAAUAUCAGCUGCUUUG